GCAAUGGCACAGACAGGAUUUGGGCGAAGAUACUUCAGAGCGUUUGUUAGUGGCUUCUUUGUAGCUGUCCCCGUGACAGUGACUGUUUUAGAUCGUCUUGCCUAUGUGGCACGCGUAGAAGGUGCCUCGAUGCAGCCAUCCUUAAACCCAGAUGGAGAGUCGUCACCUGAUGUUGUGCUGCUCAACCGCUGGAGUGUGAGGAACUACCAAGUACAGCGAGGGGACGUUGUGUCAGUUCUGAGCCCGAAGAACCCUCAGCAGAAGAUCAUCAAACGGGUCAUUGGGAUCGAGGGUGACUUCAUCAAAACGCUGGGAUAUAAAAACCGUUAUGUAAGAGUUCCAGAUGGACAUCUGUGGAUCGAGGGAGACCAUCACGGCCACAGUUUCGACAGCAACACAUUUGGACCGGUGACCAAUGGAAACUGUCCUUCAGGCUGCCGUUUCAAAGGAUCUUUUCUGGAAUCCACCACCGUAGGCAGAUUUAGCCACAAAUAGAUGUGGUUAUAAAAAAUUCAACAAAAAAAAGACAAAGAUUGCCACUUUCUGGGGACUUCUGUUAACAGCCUUGAUGUGCUUGAAUACCCCUGUCUGUAAUGUAUAUAGAUUGAGGUAUUAUUGGUUCUUUGAAGAUGCUUCUUUGCUGCACGGUUCCUCAGAUACAUUAUUAAACAGAGGAGUGAUUCCUUUUCCCAUCUCAACUCAGACUGUGACAUACAUAACUCACUACAGUCAUUCACAAUGCAUCAAGAUCUGUUGCUCAGAUUCGUCCUUGAAAUGUUUUAAAUGUUGGGUUUUGCUUACUUGGACCGAGAAAGAAAAACAAAUGGUCCUGUCUGUUAAGUCACUGACUCAGCAUGAUUUUGUUGCGUACCUUCAGAUUCAAUGGUUUUGUACUCGCUGAGAUUUUCAAGUGUUUGUCCUCAGGCGGAUUUUUAAUGAUGCUUCUUGUCAGAAAGCAAAUGAAUACGUUUCUCACUGAACCACAUACUUCCUAGGUUUUCUUUAUUAUUGUUUCACAUCCAUUACCCAAAACGCUUUUGGUUCUCCCCAAAGACCAGGCCGGAACAUGCAAGGGAGGGGGGUGUGAGAUGUAUUUGGCGAAAAACCAUCAAGUCAUAUAUCACUAAGCAAAUAUUCUUGUUGGAUGUUUCAGGCAAUUGCUUUCACUUUUGUCAGUACAGACUGCGCCGUUACCUUGACUUGAUGUAUUAUGCAGCAAGAUGUGUGUGUUUACGUGUGUGUAUGAAUUUUUUCACUUAAUGCACUUUUCAAGGCAACAUUUAAAUCUUUCAGAGAAUUUAGAUUGAUCUUUAAUGCUGCGUAGGCUUCUAAUGUUGGAUUAUUUUUAUUCUGAAAUACUGAAAGACUCCAACGUUUCACAAAGCACUGAUUGAAAGUCAGGUCACAAAAUCCUGACUGUCUGAGACUGUUUAUUUUGCCCACAAAACACUGCAAAAUGUCACACGGAUUCGACUCAGACAUCCAAUUUGUGGACUUAAAGGUAUAGUUCAGCCAAAAUGAACAUUUUGUUAUCAUUUACUCACCCUUAUAGGACUAGGACUUUCUCCUUUUUGUACUUUCAUUGUAUGGACACAAAAACAGUUAUUUAAAUUACAAGUAGGCCUACUUAAAUUAAAGUAUUUUACAUCUUUAAAUAUCUUCUUUUUUUGUUCCACAGAAUAAAGAAAAUACAACAUUUUUGGAUGAAAAAUCCUUUUAAGACUGAAUCAGAAUUAUCAUCGUAAUACAUAAUACAAAAUUUACUGCACUAUUUUAUAAUCAAUUCUUAUUCUAAUCUUGACAAACACAUAUCGUUGGAAAGGUCUGAGACUCUUUGAGACUGUUUUGUGAUAGAAGUGAUAUUGUGACACAAAUGUAUUUAUUUGUUACUCAUCAAAAAAUUUUUGGUAUAGCACCUAAACAAAAUCUCCUAGGAACCAUAAUUUUUGUGAUAUCAACUUCAAAUUUGGAACACAGUUUGAUUAGACAUAUAGCUUUGAUUUUAUAGCAAUUUUAGAGUCCAGAUUAUUUUGAAAAACAUACAUUUUGUAUAAAAUAAAGCAUGUUUCAUACAGAACAUUUGCUUUACUGUAAACUUAAACUUUUAACUCUUUAAUUUUUUUUUUAAUAAAACUGUAACAAUCCGCUCAGUGUCUUCUCUAUAAAGAGACCAACCUUUGGUUUGUAUUCCAAAGCAUUCAUGAAUUAUAAAAUUUACAUUUGGAUAGUGCAUUUUCACGUCUAUGUUCAAAACAGGGGUGACCGUUAACAGGUUAAUCAAAACUAUAUAGACAAGUGGUGAAAUGGGCCUACCCGCUUUGAAUUGUGGCCCACCCGAUUAGAAUUUAAUAAUUUUGCAAGAAAAAAAUGCCUGAGUUACAGCAACUUCCUGUUUCAUUGCAUUAAUAGCAUGCUUUAGCACUUAGCUAAGUGUUGCUAGCAUGUUUCUAGCAUGUUGCUAGCCUAUUUAACACUUGGUGACACUUUAUUAUGUUGCUAGGAGUCCAAAACAGUGUUAAACAUGUCGUUUCCUGUUGCCAGCUGGUGUCGCUAUGAUGACUAUAACUGAAUAUUAACAAAAACUAUAAUUGUAAAUAAGUGAUACUAAAAAAACAUUGGACUGGUAGGAUUCCUAGAUUCUUCUCAGAGCUUCUCUUCGGUAUUUUAAACUUAUAUUGUGGUCUUGUCAUGCUGUUAAAGAUUUGUGAGGUCUGUAUCAUCCCCUGCAGGUGAGUACAUUAUCACCCCUUCAAGUCCUUCCAAACCCUGCAGGUAUUUACAAUACCCUCCAAAUCAAAGUUUUUGGGAGCUUGUUGGAAUGUCUUCCAUGUCCUUCUGGCUAUAAAAAAGCAAUGAGUUUCCUGUUCUCUUCUAGCUAGAGAUAUAUUGCUUUGUAUUCACUAGAUGAGAAGAGCAUCUAAUUCUUGUUCCAGUUGAUCUUUGCCUAUCAAAAGCUACUUUCUUCUUAAGAAAUCGACCAUUUUGUUUGAUUUUAUAGAGCUUCUUGUGGUAGUUUAGCUUGAUGAUUCU